AUGGCACCGAAGCGCAAGGCGGCUGACGUUGGUCGGUCUACCAGCGAUUCAAAGCGAUCCACUCCAGUCCCUGAUGCGACGGAUAUCUCUAGCAGUGACGAGUACUCGGAUGGCCCGGAGGACACCAACUUGAAAGAUGUCGUCGAGAAGUUCACGUUGGAAACGUUCAGCAGGCGCUCGCAAGCUCAGAAGACCGAUCCCCGGUUCGGUUACAAGGAUCUGUCAUCCCUCCCCCUCAAGCGCGACCACUACAACCGCCCACUAUGGAUCGAGCCGGUAAAAGGCACGAUCAUCCUCGAGAGUUUCUCGCCGCUGGCACCCCAGGCGCAGGACUUUCUGACCACCAUCGCUGAACCGCUCUCGCGUCCCCGCUUCCUCCACGAAUACCGCCUGACGGGCCACAGUUUGUAUGCAGCUGUGUCAGUCGGCCUGAAGCCGCACGAUAUUGUCGCAGUCUUGGACCGCCUUUCAAAGACACCGUUACCUGAGAGUAUCUCAACGUUCAUCAUUGAGUUUACCAAAUCGUACGGCAAGAUUAAGAUGGUGUUGUAUCACAAUCGAUACUACGUGGAAACAGCGGAGCCGGAAAUGCUCCAGAUGCUGUUGAAGGAUGAAGUCAUCGGACCACAGAGAAUAUCGAGCGAGGAGGGCAUCAUCGAGCGAGCGGCACCAAAGAUGGGAGCCCUCGUGAUCCCUGGAACCAAGGAUGCGGCUGGUGUUCGAGAGACCGGCGGCCAAACGAAGUCGUCUGCGAAUACUCGAAACGAAAACCAGGAGGAGGCUCAGGACUAUGGAAUCAACGAUGUUGGGGAGGACUCCUCGGAUUCCCUCACGUACAGUUUCGAAAUUCCCCCUUCUGGGGUCGAAAUUGUGAAGGCCCGUUGCCAGGCCAUCGGCUGUCCGGCCUUGGAGGAGUAUGAUUUCCAGGGCGAUACGGUCAACCCUAAUCUUGAGAUGGAUCUGAAACCCGCGGCGCGGAUUCGUCCAUACCAAGAGAUGAGCCUCAGUAAGAUGUUUGGUAAUGGACGCGCAAAGAGCGGUAUCAUUGUUCUACCAUGCGGUGCCGGUAAGACGCUGGUGGGAAUUACCGCGGCGGCUACCAUUAAAAAGGGUACGAUUGUCCUGUGCACCAGUUCCAUGUCCGUGGUUCAGUGGCGGAAUGAGUUCUUGCGCUGGACGACCAUCGACCCGAGCGAUAUUGCCAUGUUCACAUCCGACCACAAGGACAAAUUCAAGCGGUCGACUGGUGUCAUUGUGUCCACCUACUCCAUGGUGGCGCAGACCCGAGCACGGUCGUAUGAGGCACAAAAGAUGAUGGAUUGGCUUCAAUCUCGAGAAUGGGGUAUGAUGAUUCUUGACGAGGUACACGUCGUGCCGGCCUCGAUGUUCCGAAAAGUCACAUCUGCCAUUGCUGCGCAGAGUAAACUCGGUCUCACUGCGACUCUACUACGUGAAGACGACAAGAUCAAGGAUCUGAAUUUCCUGAUUGGGCCAAAACUGUACGAGGCGAACUGGAUGGAGCUUGCCGCCCUCGGCCACAUCGCCAAGGUCCAGUGUGCCGAGGUGUGGUGUCCAAUGACGACCGAGUUCUACUCGGAGUAUUUGCGAGAAAGCUCGAGGAAACAGGCUCUGCUGUAUAUCAUGAACCCACGCAAGUUCCAGGCUUGUCAAUUCUUGAUUGACUUCCACGAGAAGCGCGGUGAUAAGAUCAUUGUUUUCUCCGACAACGUCUACGCCUUGGAGCGAUACGCACUCAAGCUGAAAAAGGCCUACAUCUUCGGCGGAACACCCCAGAACGAGCGUUUGCGUAUUUUGGAGAAUUUCCAACACAACGAACAAGUUAACACCAUCUUCCUUUCCAAGAUUGGCGAUACCUCGCUGGAUCUGCCUGAGGCUACGUGCCUUAUCCAGAUCUCGUCUCACUACGGUUCCCGCCGCCAGGAAGCACAGCGUCUGGGUCGAAUUCUUCGAGCCAAACGCCGAAACGACGAGGGUUUCAACGCCUUCUUCUACUCGCUGGUAUCCAAGGACACCAGCGAGAUGAACUACUCGAACAAGCGCCAAGCCUUCCUGGUCGACCAGGGCUACGCCUUCAAGGUGAUCACCCACCUGCAGGGUAUUGACGAGUACGAAGGACUCCACUAUUCCACCCCGGCCGAACGUCGCGAGCUGCUCCAAGAAGUCAUGCUGCAGAACGAGUCCAAGGCCGACGUGGAGCAAGUCACCGACGACCUGUUGUCAAUGCGCACCGGGCGCAACACGACGAAGAAGGCGAAAGCGAAGCGCAGCGCCGCGACACUGAGCGGCCUGGCGGGCGGCGAUGACAUGGCGUACAUCGAAUACAACAAGAGCAGGAACAAGCAGCUGAAGGACAAGGCCGGCCAGCACCCGCUGUUCAAGAAGAUGGAGCGGGACCGUCAGCGCCGGAAGAAGGAGCGCGAGGCGGCUCACGAUGAAUAA